AUGUCGAAACGUACCGUCUACUUUGGCUAUGGGUCCAAUCUCUGGCGACACCAGAUGCGGAAACGAUGUCCCACGUCAAAAUACCUAGGCAUUGCAAGACUCAAGAGCUACAAGUGGAUCAUAUACGAUCGUGGUUAUGCAAAUAUCGUCGAGAUCAAGGACGACGAAGACAAGACGAUCUGGAAGCACGACUACAGAAAAGAAGUGUGGGGCCUUGUGUAUUCUCUUGAACCAUCAGACGAAGCACGACUAGACGUCAACGAAGGCGUGCCAAUUGCCUAUACGAAAGAGUGGAUCGAGUGCGAGUUCUGGCCUACUUCAGAGUCCAACGAUGAUGCAUUCGCAAGCGAACAGUUUCCCAACGAGCUUGAAAGUGCAAAGGGAAAGCCCGACACCUCCAAGGAGCCCAAGAAGGUGGAAAUGCUGGUGUACAUCAACCGUGAGGGGACGGACGGAGACAAUGAUUCGAAGAAAGAGUACAUCUACAGGAUGAACAUGGGAAUCAAGGAUGCCUUGAAGGAGGGCAUGCCGAACGAGUAUGUGAAGCAGGUGCUAAGAGAAUACAUACCUGAGCGCGAAGAUGAAGAGGUGGUCGAGGUUGCCAAGCGGCAGGCACUUGACUUUCAAGACGAGAACUGA